AUGAACGAUCAAACGUUCAAGGAAAAGCGACGCGAAUACGUCCAGCAACUGCGCGACCUCUUGGGUCAAGGCAAAAUACCCAUCUGGAUCGACGAAACGAACUUCAACCUGUUCACGAGUCUCACUAAGGCCCGGUCGUUGUGUGGACGACGUGCCGUUUCCAUCCGCGGCGGGACUCAAAAAGGGAAGAACUUGCACGUCAUUGGCGCCAUCUCCACGACGAACAUUUUCUACUGCACGCACAAGCGAAGCGAAUGA